GAGAGAUGUGUGUCAGUUGUAUGGCGCUGCUAUAAUCCCGUCACGGACUCACAGCUAGUGUUGUUCUCAGAAUGAAACACUGAACGCUAUCGACGGUAAAACACGAGCUUUCAGAAGAUAGCGUGAAGAUGUGCGGCAGAUUAUCACUCAUCGUGCCCCUCGUGUAAACACUGUCCAUCACAUCAGCAGCAGCGAGAGACAGCGGCGGGGAGGUACUCCACCCGACCACCGAGCGAGCCGCGGCUUCCCCGGCACAUGUAGCGAGCACGCACGAGUGACGUCGCGUUACGUCGCAUGCUGGUAGAUCCGUGUCGUCGCGCGCCGAAUGGAUUGCGACCGGCUUGCUAAUAAAGCGGGACGCGGUCGGCGCGCGCUUGUGGAAUGACACCGUCGCGCGACAUCCGUCCAUCCGCGCAGCAGCUGAUGUUUGAUGGACACCGAGCGCGGAGCGGCUUGAUUUCUCCGCCGUGAAGGAUGAAAAACCUCGAGUAUCAGCAAAUAGACCCUCAGGCACUCGCGACUCCUACCCCGACACCUCCACCGCGACCUCUGCCCGAGCACAAGCCCAGACGAGCCCGGAGGAGAUGGGAGGUGUUCCCCGGGAAGAACCGCUUCUGCUGUGACGGACGCGUGAUGGUGGCGCGAGUGAUCGAGCAUAAACUACAUAAUGAAGAUAAUGUUGAACUGCAACUGCAAGAUCAACACUGCCCGUUCCUGGUGAAGCACCUCACCAGCUGCAUCCCGGCCAUCGGAGGGGUCCUGUUUGUGUUUGUGAUCAUCUCUCUCCUCCAGACCAGCUUCACGGAUCCGGGGAUUCUGCCCCGGGCCACACCAGAGGAGGCCGCAGACAUCGAGAAGCAGAUCGACAACCCGACGGGCUCGUCCUCAUCCUACCGCCCCCCGCCGCGCACUAAGGAGGUCGUCAUCAAUCAGCAGGUGGUUAAACUCAAGUACUGCUUCACCUGCAAGAUCUUCCGGCCGCCACGCACCUCCCACUGCAGCCUGUGUGACAACUGUGUGGAGCGCUUCGAUCAUCACUGCCCCUGGGUCGGCAACUGUGUGGGGAAACGAAACUACCGCUUCUUCUACACCUUCAUCAUCUCGCUGUCUUUCCUCACGGCCUUCAUCUUCGGCUGUGUAACCACACACCUGACUCUAAGGUCGCAAGGAGGAAAUGGGCUUGUUUUCGCUAUCCAAGCGAGUCCUGCCAGUGCUCUUGAGUUAGUGGUCUGCUUCUUUUCAGUUUGGUCCAUUUUGGGCCUCUCAGGCUUCCAUACAUACCUGGUGGCUACAAAUCUUACUACCAAUGAGGAUGUGAGUGUUUUCCUUUCUUAA